CAACAGUUACUACAGCAACAGCAACAACAACGAAUAUCAUGUAUUGUGUAAUGAUAGCAGUUGCCCUUUUAGGGCUAUCCAAUGGAUUUCUGAUCCCAGAGCGCCCAGAGUUCACAAAGAGAGAGAUAGCUACAGUGCCAUCUAUUGAUGCCCCAAAGUACAUGGGACGUUGGUACCAGAUGUAUACCAAUACUUUUGGUGAGACCUUCAAUGGAAAAGACCAGCACUGUGUCAUGGCAGAUUACAAACUGAUGAACGCCACCACCCUAAGUGUAUUCAACUCUGGAAAGCUUGGAUCUCCCACAGGAGACUGGAGACAGAUUGAAGGAUCCGCCACACAGAUCUCCCCAGCUGAACCAGGAAAGUUCCAGCUUUAUUUGGAAUAUGUACCUUUCCCAGGCACAUACUGGGUAAUCAAGCUUGGACCCAUUAAGAACGACCAAUACCAAUACUCUGUGGUUACAAGCAGUGACGGUAGCCAACUUUACGUCCUCACACGAGAUGUCUCCGAGUUCAACCUCUAUGAGAAGGAAAUCCUUGACUUUGUUGCCGAGAAGGGAUUUACUGAAGAUGCCACUAAGCCCAUUUUCACACCACAUGAAGCUAACUGCCCAUAUGUUGACAAAAAGCAGCCUAACAUUUUGGAUGACCUCAUUAAAGAGAUUAUGGGAUAACUAAGAUAAAUG